AAGCAGGGACAGCUGCCUCACUUCCUUCAUAUCUCGCCGUGGGACAUGCCUGCCGAGCAAAAAGCAGCUCUGGGAGACGGGAGAGUCACAGAGGAACUCUCGGCCACAGUCUAAGAAUAACACAGAGGAUUUAGCCACCGGCCACCAUGGGUUCUGUGAAUUCCAGAGGUCACAAGGCGGAUGCCCAGGUGGUGAUGAUGGGCCUCGACUCGGCAGGCAAGACCACGCUCCUGUACAGGCUGAAGGGCCACCCGCUGGUGGAGACGCUGCCCACCAUUGGCUUCAACGUGGAGCCUCUGGAAACUCCUGGGCACGUGUCGCUGACUCUCUGGGACGUCGGGGGGCAGACCCAGCUCAGGGCCACCUGGAAGGACUAUCUGGAAGGCACAGACGUCCUCGUAUAUGUGCUGGACAGCACAGAUGAAGCCCGCUUGCCCGAGGCGGCGGCUGAGCUCACGGAAGUCCUGAACGACCCCAACAUGGCCAGCGUCCCUUUCCUGGUGCUGGCCAACAAGCAGGAGGCGCCAGAUGCGCUGGCGCUGCCUGAGAUCCAGAGCAGGCUGGGCCUGGAGGGAUUCCCGGACCGCUGCUGGGAGAUCCGGGCCUGCAGUGCCCUCACCGGCCAGGGGCUGCCCGAGGCCCUGCAGAGCCUUCGAAGCCUCCUGAAGUCUCGCGGGCACCUGUGUCUCCAGGCCAGAGCCUGCAGGGCCGAGAGCAGCGAGCACGAGAAAUCUUGACCGGGACAGGGCAGCUUGUCUUUGCUGGAACGAACUGGAA